CCUCUCCAGUGGCUCUUCUCCCUGAAACAGGCUCGGUUUGGAUCUGACACAUGCGGCUGUGCCAGAACUGCACCCAAUGACGAAAGUUACCGCUGAUAAUCGAGCAUGUUCAACAGUUAUUAACUCUCAAAGACCCAGCCUUGGAAGGUCAUAAUCGUAUUCUUGCUCUCUUUGAUACUUUCCCUAGAUUCAUUGGACUUCAUUGUUCUUUCGCGGCUCUGCUGGGUAUUUGCUCAUCCCUGUGCUGAUGGGCGCUUCUACUCCAUACGGCGGAGAGCAUAUAUAUCCUCUUACUUUCCCAGCGAGAACCUGCAAAUAAUCUAGCUCAUUAUGUACCUAGACCUCCGACGCUCUCUAGGAAUUGCCUCACUUGCUACGAUAGCCCUCGCGACUUUCUCCCGUGAGCGUGACAUUGUUAGCCAUCUUCCAACGCGGCCACCUUCAUACCCCUUAGCUGUCCGCAACCCAUAUCUCUCAGUAUGGAUGCCCAGCGACCAAGUGCAGGCAUUGCCACACGCAGAACCCCAGUUCUGGGCGGGACAGAGUCUGACGUGGUCUGUGAUGGCCCGCGUCGAUGAGCAAGCCUACAGCUUGAUGAGUGUACAGAGUCCGGGUCCCAGUAUACGUCCUGCGGUUGUUCGGAAUGCGCAGUAUACUGCGACUCACUCGAUCUUUACGUUGUCUGCUGGUCCUGUCAACUUUACCCUUGACUUCUUCUCUCCGAUUUCUCCAUCUAAUUAUCUCCGACAGUCGCUUCCAUUUAGUUACUUGACCGUCACGAUUUCUGGGGCCUCUUCUAGCGAGAUUCAAAUAUACUCUAGUAUUGAUGGGAGAUGGACAGGGAGACCGCAAAAUACCACCCGUAGCUUCCAUCAAGAGGGAUCUACCUUGGCGUACGCCCUGAAGGUGAUGAAUGCAACCCCAUAUUCAGAAGAAGAUGAUAUGGCAACCUGGGGUGAGGCAAUUCUAGCAUCCCGGCUGACCUCCAAAUCGAAGCUCUCCUUCGCUUCUGGUAAGCGUGGAGAGACCCGCUCUCAGUUUGUCAAGAAUGGUAGGCUCUCCAGCGACGACGAGCCCUGGGUCCCUGGGGGAAUUGUUGCGUUUGCGCACGAUCUAGGGACAAUAAGUGGGGAGCAUUCGGUGAACUUUGCUGUUGGAUACGAUAGAGAAGCAGCAAUCAAUUAUCUAGGGAAACCGUAUACUGGAUAUUACAGGUCCGAGUAUUCUGAUACCUAUGAUGCGUUGGUGCACUUCUUAGACGACUAUGAAGAUGCUUUGCGCGAAUCCGUGAUUCUUGACAGAGAAAUGGCUGCUCAAGCAACGGCCGCGGCCGGUCAAAAAUAUGCAGACAUAGUCACCCUAUCAGCGCGCCAGGCAUACGGUGCGAUUGACUUGACCAUCCCGAAUUACUCCCUAGAUACAAAGGAUAUUCUCGCAUUUGUCAAGGAGCUUUCCAGCAAUGGUAACCUCAACACGGUGGACGUUAUCAUGCCUGCCUUUCCAAUUUACUAUGUUAUGGAUCCGAACUACAUCCGUUUGCUACUGGAGCCUAUGAUGCGGUAUCUUGCAGCUGGUCGCUGGCGACAACCGUACGUAAUCCAUGACAUGGGCAAGCACUAUCCCAAUGCGCUCGGCCACGAUGAUCAAAAGGCCGAACCGAUGCCCAUAGAGGAAUGUGGUAAUCUGAUGGUUCUGAUGCUGGCAUAUGUGCGCGCGACGGGCGACACAGCCUGGCCGGCCAGGUACAUGGCUCUCCUGAAGAAAUAUGCGGACUAUCUUGUGGAUAACAGUAUCGAAAUCGCAAUGCAACUGUCGUCCAAUGACGCUGCUGGGGCUCUUGCAAAUGAGACCAACCUCGCCAUCAAGGCAGCAGUUGGACUCAAGGCAUUCGGGAUGCUCAGCGGACUUCGUGAAUACUCGCGAAUUGGGGAAGAGCGGGCCCGUCUUUUCUUUAACCAGGGACUUGGAACCGAUGAUGCCAAGUCGCACUUCGUACUUCAAUACCCUGAUAAGCCAAACUCGUGGAAGAUCCCUUAUAACCUCUUUCCUGAUGUGUUGUUCGACCUAAAAACAUUCCCGAAAGAAGCGUACCAAAUGGGCAAUACGUUCUUUAAGAGUGUGCGAGCCGAGUAUGGCGUCCAUCUAGAUAGCCGACAGGACUGGGCCAAAUCCGACUGGAAUAUGUGGCUGGCUGGCACUUUCGACGACCUGAGUACUCGUGACGAGUUUGUGGACGACCUGUGGGCGUUCAUGUCCAACGGAAAACACAAUUGGCCAUUCUCCGACCGCUAUGUUUCCACGUCUGCUAAGGGACGGACACCGGGGCACCCUAUUUUGUGUCGUGCGCGCCCAACCGUAGGCGGACACUUCGCUUUGAUGGCUUUGAAAGGGCCUGGAUGUCUCCAGGCCGCUGUAUCCCACAAGCUUGGAGCUGAACAAGAACGAGGAGGAGAUCCGUUCCCCGAAAAAGAAAGGGGGGAUUUGUAGACAGAAUCAUUGUCCUCGAAGUCUUUUUUGUGUCGAAGUUUUUAGCACCCCCGUAUAUAGCAACAAAAGGUCUGACUGGUGUUUUUCUGAUGGAUAAAUUGUAGGUACACAGAUCGUAGCUAGCCUGGGGCAUCCACAACAACGGUGGAAAUUUCUAGUUUUCUUCUUUUUCUCUCUGCCAUGCCCACAAUUUCAAUUC